UGCUGGCAGGGUUGUGUCUAAACUUCCUGCGGUGACAGCUGAUUGCUUGGGGGUCACCAGACAGAUGUCGCAGGAAAGCAGAAAAAUGCAGUUUUCAGAAUGGAAGACCGGCAAGAGACGGCUUAGGUACCUGUAUAUAUGUCCUCCCUGCUCGUUCCAGCUCCAUCAUGGACAGAAGGCAGAGGAUAACAUGAUCCCUGUUUUCUUGGGUAGUGAUGUUGUUUCACAGACCGGAAUUCGAACUGAAAAUCAUCCAAAAAUUCACGCCAAGUUUGCAAGGAAAGGUCUGGCAGCAAGGCUUAACUUCAGCAGUGAGUUCAAAUUUGAAAAGCUGAGGUUGCCUGGUGGAAUGAACAGUCUCUGGUUCUACAGUAUUCAGGGGCUUUUUAAAGUGGCUUUUGAUUUGUACAGCAGGGAAGAGCAGAUGGCGGUCAUUGAAAGUCUUCAGGAGCUGUGGAAAUCCCGCCUUAAAGAUAAGCCUCUCGACAAAUUUUACAAUCUAAGUAUCUGCCUGGAAAGCAACAAACGUGUGAUCCCCCAGGCUGAGGAACCACAGAUGUAUGAAAAAUUAUCAGUCUCUUCUUCCCAACAAAUCAGCGGGAUUCCUAGAGUUCCCCUCAGUCUUUCAGAGCACAACUACUGCAUGACCAGUCAAGAUGGAUCUAGUGGGUGUCUCUCACACGAUACAGCAGGCCAUGAUUUAAUUAUCCAGAAGCUCAAAUAUCUGGUGGGUUUAUGUUCCAGUUCACUGAUUGACCUGGAGAAUCAGCUGCUGAAGACCACUGUGGCUUUGUUGGAUGUUGUAGGACAAGUAUUCAGUGGACAUAACUACUUGGAUAAGAUAAUUAAUAGCAUUAUGGAUCUUCUAGAAGCCGUAAGUCACGUACAAGACAAGGACAAUCCAAAGAAAGAGGCCUCCAAUAUGUAUGAGAACCAGUUGUUGUUUGAGGUUAGCAGUUGGUUAGGCAACCGAUUCCAUAGUGAGAACGAUCGCAUCAGUCAGCAGGUAGAGGCCUUUAAGAGGAAACAUAUUGACCGCAUUUCAGAUUUGCCUCCUGCUGAGGAGUUGGUUGCUGCUUUAUUUCCCAAUGCCAUGAAAGUUCUGUUACUCAAAUGGAUGGGACUGUUUGAUGAUGCAUCAGUAUCCAAACUGCAGAGUGAAUAUCCAAUUUUACUUCUUAUCUUGGAAUUUGCAAAUCACAACCUUAUCACAGGAGUGUCUCAUGUUCUCUACUCGUCCUUAAUCUGUAAAUAGUGUGUUCCGUAUUCCUGUCCCACACUACAUUGUCAUGCAGUUUGCUAUGGUGA